AUGUCUCCUCGUCUGACCUCCCUUGUAACUCCACUACGGCGUACACUGUCCACUCGAGCCUGGCGUCCACUGGUCCCCGAAGGCAAGGCUCUCAUUGGCGGAGAGUGGAAGGCUGGGUCGGGCGGUCAUAUGUUCCCAGUGUUUAGUCCGGCCAAGGAAGAACAGAUUGCCGAGGUGCCGUGUGCAUCGUCUGGGGAGGAUUUGGACGCCUCUAUCGAGGCUGCUGCCGAGGCACAACCAGCCUGGGCUGCACUUACGGUGGGAGCUCGGGCUCGUGUUCUGGAGCAGUGGGCUUCCAAGUUGGAAGAAAAUACUCCCUUGCUGGCUCAAUUGAUAACAGCUGAAAAUGGCAAAGUAGACUCAGAUGCCCGUGGGGAGAUCUCUUCGGCCAUUCAACAGCUCCGCUGGUACGCCAACGAAGCGCGUGCCACAUAUGGACAAGUUAUUCCCUCAACCAACGUUCCUGGAAGGCGGUUGAUGGUUGUUCAUCAACCCGUUGGUGUUGUUGCCAUGAUAACCCCUUGGAACUUCCCUCUCUCCAUGAUGACACGCAAGGCGGGUGCAGCUCUAGCGGCGGGAUGUGCAGUUGUUUUGAAACCUGCCGACGAGACACCUCUUACCGCUCUUGCUGCCGCAUUCCUAGCAACCUCUGAGGCUGGGCUUGACCCCCGUCUGCUCAGUAUCCUCACCUCGCCGCGUGAAGAUGCAGAUGCCGUGGGAAAGGUUUUUUGCUCACACCCCCUUAUACGGUUGGUCGGAUUCACCGGCUCCACUAAUGUCGGGAAGAAAUUGUAUGCGGCCGCUGCGACGCAUAUGAAACGCGUGCAACUGGAGCUAGGUGGUAACGCCCCAUUCAUCAUCUUCGAAUCAGCUGAUCUCGAUUUGGCUGUUUCUCAGCUAAUCGCAUCCAAGUUCCGUUGUUCCGGUCAGACGUGCGUUUGUGCCAAUCGGAUUCUCGUCCAAGAAUCAAUUUACGAGACCUUUGUUGAUAUGCUAACGACUGCUGUUGGCGGACUUGAACUGGGAAAGCACCAGGGACCGCUCAUUAACAAGAUUGCUCUUGACAAGGUAGCGUCAAUGGUUGGAGCCGCUGUGCGUGAGGGUGCGGUAGCGGCAAUUGGCGGAAAGCGCGCGUCCGUCGAUGGUCGAGGCCACUUCUAUUCUCCUACGGUGCUCAUAAACGUCGCCCCCAACAUGUCCUGCGGUCGGGAUGAGAUUUUUGGCCCCGUUGCGCCCAUAAUCAAAUUGCUCCCGCCAAUGAAAGAAGUAGAGUUCUUUGUCAAGGAAUGCAUUGAAAAUAUUGGUUAUAUUUGGUAUGCCUCAACGAUCUUGAGGAAGUCAGACGAAACUGGUGAAAAUACCCGCGUUCAGUGA